AUGCAGUUCUUGCAUCACAGAUUUCUAGACUCUAUUGGAACGCUUGAGAUUGCAACUACAGCUGAGCAGACUAUACGCGAAGGUGAUGUUUUUUCGGAAGUACUAGAUGACAUUUGGAAUACCAUUCCGGCUGCACGGGUAGUAGUAGAUAAUUCUCGAACUACGGGUAAUAGUAGUACUGUGGAGGUACUAUUAGCCACGCCGCCGUCGCAAGGAGCUCCUGCCACUUCUGGUGGAAAAAGUCUAAGUGAAGCGCUUACCGCUUACCCCUUCGUGCGUGAGGUUUGGCGGGAAAUCAAGAAAAGAAGUGGUGGUAGUACAGCCAGCAACUAUGCAUCGUUUUGUAAAAGUCUUGUGUCGCACUAGCUGCAGUAGGACAGAUUGCAUCACAAAUUUUAUCAAAUGAAAAACUGGAAGUUGCCAUGCAGAUUCACCUCACAGAAUCAGGAGGAAGUGAAAGUACUAGAAGUAGAUUCAUCUGUCGUCGAUGCAUAACUGCAAUUUCGUUAUUUCAUUUAGUCCGACCAUGACACGUUAAGGUUUGCAAUGCAUAGCGACAACUCGUCAACGUCAACGAAUGAUCCCGGCGCUACAGCGACCUGCAUCCCAGUGACUGGCAACUACGACCGGGCAUGUGCGUUGGAGCCUGUGCUGAUUCGCCGGAAUUACGAAAUUUUUGCCUCCAGUGGUGACGAGGCUUUUUCUACUUCGGGAGACGAGGCGCUGUUGACCUCCUCCGCUGCCCGGGCAGCCAGCGGACGCGCGGCGCGACAUUCUUUAUUUCAAGAUGCCGUUCCGUUUGUUCUGAUUUUUCUGGCGCUAUCAAUAUUUAUUCCCUCGCAGGAGCCUGUGAAAAUCGCAGAAAAUAAGAUUAAGCAGCCUCAAGGAUCAUGAGAAGUUUGUACACAUACUCAAGGGCAAAGAGGAAGGUGAAAAUAUUUAUCAACACACUCAUAUACGUUUUUCUUCACAAU